GACGGCAGCAAUGGCAGCCCGAGACACCAGUUCAAUCUUCCUCAUCCUGAUCAUCUCCCUCGUCAUAGUCAUCGUCAUCCUGCUCGGCAUCUGCUGGAGGUUCCUCGGACCGGGCAUCAUGAGGAGACUGCUCAGGCCCAGGAGAUGUCCUUCAGAGGUGCCGGAGUACUUCAGCGGCAACAUGAGCGGCAACCUGCGUACCAUCACCUACUUCGACUACGUGACGCUCAAGAAGGCCACCAAGGAUUUCCACCAGAAAAACCAGCUGGGGAGGGGAGGAUUCGGCCCUGUUUAUCUGGGGAAGCUGGACGACGGCCGGAAAGUGGCGGUGAAGCAGCUGAGCGUGGGCAAGUCGGGGCAGGGCGAGUCGGAGUUCUUCAUGGAGGUGAACAUGAUCACCAGCAUCCAGCACAAGAACCUGGUCCGCCUCGUCGGCUGCUGCUCCGAGGGCACGGAGCGCCUGCUCGUCUACGAGUACAUGAAGAACAAGAGCCUCGACAAGAUCCUCUUCGCGGCGGCCGACGCGCCGGCGCCGACGCCGCCGUCCCUGGACUGGCGCACCCGGCACCAGAUCAUCAUCGGCAUCGGCCGCGGCCUGCAGUACCUGCACGAGGAGUCCAACCUGCGCAUCGUCCACCGCGACAUCAAGGCCAGCAACAUCCUCCUCGACGACAAGUUCCAGCCCAAGAUCAGCGACUUCGGCCUCGCCCGCUUCUUCCCCGAGGACCAGACCUACCUCAGCACCGCCUUCGCCGGCACGCUGGGGUACACGGCGCCGGAGUACGCCAUCAGAGGGGAGCUCACGGUGAAGGCCGACACGUACAGCUUCGGCGUGCUGGUGCUGGAGAUCAUCAGCAGCCGGAAGAACACCGACCUCAACCUCCCCAACGAAAUGCAGUACCUGCCCGAACACGCAUGGAGGCUGUACGAGCAGUCCAAGAUCCUGGAGCUGGUGGACGGCAGGGUGCAGGGCGGCGAGGGGUUCGAGGAGAAGGAGGUGAUGCAGGUGUGCCAGAUCGCGCUGCUCUGCGUGCAGCCGUACCCGAACUCGAGGCCGGCCAUGUCGGAGGUGGUGCGCAUGCUCACCAUGAAGACCGACCAGUCCAUCCCGGCGCCCGCCAAGCCGGCGUUCCUCGACCGGAAGAACCUCAACGGGGACAGGGACGCCGCCUCCUCGGACACCGCCACCAUGGAGAUGAUGAGGUCGCCGGCGGGCUACUGGAUGAUGACGCCCUCGCCCAUGCUCGAGGUCGACAGGCCCUACGACAUGAGCUUCGGCAAAUGAUCCAUGGCGCGGCGCACCGCGCACGCAGCACCGUGAAAUCUGUGACCGAUGAUUCCAUGCUAGCUUUACAGAAGUACGAGUAUAUGUUUAUUGCCUUUUCUUGUAGAUACCACGAACAUUUUUUA